AUCACUUCCCGGAAGUGAAACCGUCCUAACGCGGAAGUGUCGACAGGAAAACAAAAAUCGUCGUUUGAGAGGUUUAUCUGAGAGGCAAUCCCAAUAAACGUCGUUUGUCGUCUGGAUUUUAGUGCUGGUUCAACGAGCGCGGAUCAAGAUGGAUUUCCUAUUUGGGAAGAGAAAGACCCCGGAGGAGAUGCUGAGGCAGAACCAGAGAGCGCUAAACCGAGCCAUGAGAGAGCUGGACAGAGAGCGAAAUAAACUGGAGCAGCAAGAGAAGAAGAUCAUCGCUGACAUCAAGAAAAUGGCCAAACAGGGACAAAUGGACGCCGUCAAGAUCAUGGCCAAAGACUUGGUGCGCACGAGACGCUACGUGAAGAAGUUCAUCAUGAUGAAGGCCAACAUUCAAGCCGUCAGUCUGAAGAUACAAACCCUCAAAUCCAACAACAGCAUGGCGCAGGCCAUGAAGGGCGUUACCAAAGCCAUGGCCACCAUGAACAGACAGCUCAAACUGCCUCAAAUCCAGAAGAUCAUGAUGGAGUUUGAACGACAGAGUGAGAUCAUGGACAUGAAGGAGGAGAUGAUGAACGACGCUAUCGAUGACGCCAUGGGGGAUGAGGAUGAUGAGGAAGAGAGCGACUCCAUCGUUUCCCAAGUCCUGGAUGAACUGGGUCUCAACCUCAGCGACGAACUAUCAAAUCUCCCAUCAACUGGUGGAAGCCUCUCGGUGGCGGGCAAGAAGCAAAACGAACCUCAAGCGGCUCUGGCUGACGCAGACGCCGACCUGGAGGAACGACUCAAUAACCUGCGCAAAGACUGAACGCAAAUACGCGCUGACUUCACGUCUUUUCUCGAAGGAACGUCAGCCUUGACGGUGUAUGGGUUUUUCUUUCUGCGGUGUUUCAUUUGAUAUGGGUAUGUUAUCAAAAUUAAAUAUCCUCGGUAGGACCUGAAGUCCUGUCCCCUUUUUGACAAUGCUGAGACACAUUGUGUCCAUCCCUCGCAUUUUGUUACAGUUUCAACUAACACUAAUGACUAAUAACCCGUGUAAGUUAUCGAAAAGAUUUUUAUAAAUGAUAUGAGCUCUGCACAUCAUUGAAUUUGUGGCUUAACAUGCUGUUUACAUGGUUCACAGAAAAGGUCGCUUAUUUUAGUAAAGCAACCAAAAUAUAUUAUACUGUCACUCAUUUGUGUUCCAUUUUCAGCAAAGUUGUCCAUGAAGAAGUCAUUUAUACGCCUCGAGAUGAAUGGUGUUUUUGUUGCAUAAUAAAACUUUUUUUUCCACAA